AUGCAGCUUCCCCGUGACGUAAUAUUCCCCGUGCCGUGGUGCAGCUUCCCGUGCCGUAAUGCAGCUUCCCCGUGCCGUAAUGUAGCUUCCCCGUGUCGUAAUGUAGCUUCCCCGUGCCGUAAUGUAGCUACCCCGUGCCGUUAUGUAGCUUUCCCGUGCCACACUUUAUCAUACUCUUCCUCUUCCUUCUCUUAUCUUCUUUGUUUGUUUGUUUUUUCUUUCUUUCUUACUUUCUUUCUUUCUUUCUUUCUUUCUUUCUUUCUUUCUUUCUUUCUUUUGUCUUCCCAUUUCUCUUCUUUCUCUUCUCGUCGCCUUUCUCUUUCCUUUUCGCUUCUUUUCUCUUCCACUUUCUCUCCUCUUCCCAUUUCUCUUCUCUUCUGUUUUCCGUUUUCUUCCCUCCCACUUUCUCUUUUAUUCUUCUUUCUAUUCUUUUCCUCUUUCUCUUCUCUUGUCCUUUCUCUCCUCCUUUCUCUUCUCUUCCCUUUCUUUCUCUUCUCUUCAUUUCUCUUCUUUUCUUUUCCGCUUUCUCUUCUCUUUCCCUUUCCCCUCUCUUCUCUUCCCUUUCUCUUUUCUUCUCUUUCCCUUUCUCUUUUCUUCCUCUUUUUCUUCUCUUCCUAUUACUCUUCUCUCCCCCUUUCUCUUCUCUUUUUCUUUCUCUUCUCUUCAUUUCUCUUCUUUUCUUUUCCGCUUUCUCUUCUCUUUCCCUUUCCCCUCUCUUCUCUUCCCUUUCUCUUUUCUUCUCUUUCCCUUUCUCUUUUCUUCCUCUUUUUCUUCUCUUCCUAUUACUCUUCUCUCCCCCUUUCUUUUCUCUUUUUCUUUCUCUUCUCUUCAUUUCUCUUCUUUUCUUUUCCGCUUUCUCUUCUCUUCCCCUUUCUCUUUUCUUCUCUUUCCCUUUCUCUUCUUCUUUUUCUUUUCUUCCUAUUACUCUUCUCACCCCCUAUCUCUUCUCUUUUUUUCUCUUCUCUCCCCCUUUCUCUUCUCUUUUUCUUUCUCUUCUCUCCCCCUUUCUCUUCUCUUUUUCUUUCUCUUCUCUCCCCCUUUCUCUUCUCUUUUUCUUUCUCUCCCCCUUUCUCUUCUCUUCAUUUCUCUUCUUUUCUUUUCCGCUUUCUCUUCUCUUUCCCUUUCCCCUCUCUUCUCUUCCCCUUUCUCUUUUCUUCUCUUUCCCUUUCUCUUCUCUUCUUCUUUUUCUUUUCUUCCUAUUACUCUUCUCACCCCCUAUCUCUUCUCUUUUUCUUUCUCUUCUCUCCCCCUUUCUCUUCUCUUUUUCUUUCUCUUCUCUCCCCCUUUCUCUUCUCAUUCCCUUUCUUUCCCUAUUUCUUCUCUUUUCCUCUUUUUUCUCUUAAUCAAGACUGCGUUCAAUAA